GGGAAAGGGAGAGAAUGUGUUGUUUCAUCUACUUAAUGCAAGAAAAGAGAAUAAUGAAUUUCAUAGAAUAGGUUUUUUUAAUAGAAAAACAUUGAAAUAAAGAGUUUUUUAAAAAUCCUUUAUAUUACCUUGCCUUUAAUUCAUGGGUAGCUGCCUGGCUAAAUCUUCGGAUGGCUAAUUUACCUACUUCCCAUCAACCUAUCAAGCUGAAACUUGGCACAUAGACUCAUUGCAUAUGACAACAAAUUCUACCAACCAUCAGUUUCUCCUGUUUUUCAAGGGGAACAUGAAGGAAAAUUUCCAGUAACAGUGCUAAAUGAUAUUCUUAAAAAAUAUCACAAGUGCAUUUAGUGUGUAAGAUUUUUUGUUGUUCUGAAAUAGUUGGUGAAAAAAAUCUGCGGUGUAAAUACAGGGGAAUCAUUUAAAUAGUAAUAUAGUUCUGGGGUGUGAAAAAAAGUGAGGUUGCUAGCUGGGGGGGGGGGGGGGGGGGGAAGCACUAAUUGGGAUUUUUAAAAAGUGCAAUACUUGUAUUUGUAUGCAUCUUUUGUCAAAUUUUCACAACUAUUGCUCACUAUUACAUUUUAUGAAGGAUUUAUAUGAAAUUUUUUGUUUUUAUGGGCUGUAUAAUUUAAAAAUGCACUGUAGUAUAAAAAUGAUAAAUUUAAUAAAAAUGUAAGAAGUAAAAAUUUCUAAAAUAAAUAUGUUAAAAAAUUUGCAAAAACAUGCAAAUUUAAUGACAUUAUCUAGAAAAAAUUUCCAACUGUGCGUAACCUAAUUGCUUGCUAAGUCAGUAUCCCUAAUUUAAUUGCAAAUUCUACCAUAAAUUUAGUUCCCCCUAACUUGAAUGUAGAUCAAGAGUGUAAAAAAAGUAUAUAUCAAACUUACUACUGUUCGUAGGGCACUGGAACAGCAGUGUAAGUUAGCACAUUACAAUAAUGUAACACUAUUUUUAUCACUUGUUCCAUCACUACUUUUCUAUAUCCGCAUAAUUUUAGAGUUCCUCUAUUAACAAAUAAUUUCUCCAUUUUAUAUCGCCAUGAUUCAUACAUUUUCAAAAACUAAUUAAUAUCUAUUACUUUUGCACGUGAAACUGAACAAAACUUGAUUGCAAUUAAAAUGUCUUUGCAUGUUGAAUAAAAAAAGUAAAUAAUAUACCACGAUUCUAAGGUGAUACAUAUUUUUUCUUAGGUGAUUUUGUUUGGCUGCUAAAUGAUCUGAGUAUUCUUGCCAAAAAUGCCCAAAAAAUUUAAAGGGGAGAAUUCAAAAGCAGCUGAAGCAAAAGCUAGAAAAGAUGCACUUAAGCAGGCAGAAACGGAAAAAACUCAGAGGCUAAAAGAAGAUGAAUUGUGGAAAGAUGAUGAUAAGCAUUUAUUAAGAAAACAACAGAGAAAGGUAAGAUUAUUCUAUCAGGAUAUGAAUAAAAAUAUCUUAUAAAUCCAAAUAGAACUUAUUUUAAGGUUUAAAUGUUGUUUUCAAAUUGUAUCCCAGGAAGAGCGUGAAAAGAAAAAACAAGAAUUAGUUGAGCGUAAGAAAACUCUGCAACAACUCCACGAGGAAGAAAUGAACAGUAUCAAAGGUGCCAAGUCACAGGCUGCCAGAUUAACCAGAGCCCAAAUCAUAGAAAAUCAAGAGAGAAUAGCUGCCGCUGCUGAAGGUUUGUAAUUUUCACAGUUUAUGUUAAAUUUUGGUAAGGUCCCUUGCAUAUAUUAGAAAUGCACCAAGGGGUAAGGAGACGGUGGGAUUUGAUGGUUUGUGUAUGGGGGCAGAAUUUCAAACACAAAUUCAAUCAAAAGUUAUGGCAGUCAUAGAACUUAAUAUCUUUGAUGCAAUAUUUCCAGCAAUAACAAGAACCACAAAUGUGCACAAUUUUAUUACUUUGCACAAUUUUGUUUACCCGGUACCGGUACUUCUUCUUGUAAGCCUCAUCUGAAGUCCAAAGUGUAAUUUCAUUGUUAUCAAGACAAAAUAGCCGGGGGGGGGUUGGUUGUUGGAUAUAUAUAUAUAUAUAUAUUGUGGGAUGGGGUGGAUUGACAAUUUUGUUUAGGAUUUGUAAUAAUAUGGAAUGCCUUUAAUAAAAAUGUAGUCAAUGUGUUGUUUUUUUACUUCUUGUAAAUGAUUGAUGUUGCCCCUAUCAAUUCUUAAAUAUUUUAUAGCAGACUAAAUUUAGAUUUAAACAUGAUUCGAUUAUUUCAGCUGCAAAAGCCAAAGAGAAACUGACCCACAUUGAAAUUCCACUUGAAGAAAAUAUCAAUCAAGUAAAGACAGAGGGCGAUGAAGCUAGAACAGUUGAUGAAGCUAUUUCUGUGCUAAGGUAUUUUUAAAAAAAAAUAAUUUGUGUAAUAUCACUAUCUUUCUAUUAUUGGGCCAUAAAAAGUAUAUAAUAAAAACUGAAUUUAGGAAAGAGCAUAAUCAUUCAUCUCCUAUCAUUUAUGGGUAGGCGAGGGUUUCUAACAUUUAGGGUAUAAGAAACUAUAUUAUCAUUUUAAUACAACUACAAGUGCUUUGGUAUGAUGUCAUUUACUAACAAAGGUAAACAGAAAAUGUGGAUGUACUAUUUUGAAAAUAGCUUCUUCAUUUAUGAAUGUCCCUUGGCAGCAUCUAUAUAAGAAUGAGUUAGGCUGACCAUAUAACGCAAAAGAAACGAAUGACUUUAAAUACGUUCGGAUUCUUAAAAACAAUUGGUGAUUUUCUAUUAUUUUUCGGAAAUUUAAUAAAUUUAAAUGUGCUUAAAAAAUAAAAUUUAUUGGCUUUUAUUUUAGUAAAUGUUAAAGUAUUAUCAUUAUAAAUUACAAAUACAUAUUAAAGAACUAUUUUAAGCAUUUUACCUGGAUUUGAAAGUUGUGAUAUUUUUUUAUCAAUAAAUUGUUAUCUUAGAAUUAUUUUUAUACAAUCAUAAUCACAUUUAUCAGGAAAACUCAAACAUCUGUUGUUUUUAGUGCAUUGUUAAUAAUGCGAAAUUCAAUUAAAAUCUCUUUUAUCUAAAUGACUUCAAACAAUAUUAAAGUAAAAUUUUCGAUUGAACUCAAAUAAAGAAAAAUUAGAUUACUUUCAUUAGAGCUAAAUUGAAACUUGCAAAUAAAAAGCUUUAAGUUUCUUUUAUUUGAUAACAGCAUGUGACAAAACUGAUAAUGCAUGUACUGUACCCUCUUUUAAAAGUAAAAUGAAUAAAUAUAAUGUAAUAAAUGUAAUUGAUUGCUUUUUAAAUUGUUAACAAAACCCACCAAACUUUUGCUUUGUAUUUUUAACAUUUAAAAAGUUUUCAAUUAUUUUUCAUUCCAAAAUUACACUUUUACCGAAUUUUUCUAUACUGAAUGUUGAAAAAUACUUUUAAUAAAACUGUCGCUUAAGUCAAUUAUUGCAGCAAAACUUAAAUCAUUCACUAAUUCACUUAUCAUUCAUGCAAAUAAGUACACACCAUAUAAAGUUUCAAUUUGUUAAUAUUGAAAUCAAUAUCUCAAAACCCAAUUAUGUGAAAGAUUACCAACUUUGGUAUUGUUUUUAGUGUUAAAAUAAAUAACCAUAAUAUUUUAAUAUUCAGAAUUAUGCAUAGAUUUAUUUAAUGUUUUUAUAGAAAAUAUAAAAAAUGUGUGGUAAAAAAUGUGUAAUUGCAUAUGUAAGGGGCUACCAUCCCGUGGAUGAUUUUAUUAAUUUUUUAUUAAAAACUGUGGGGGAGAGGGAUUUGAUAUUUUUCCUUUGCCCCAGGCAGCACAGGAUACACCUCAGAAUAAAAAUAAAAGAAUGAAUUUUAUAAAUAAUUAACCUUCUGAAGGAUAUAUAUAUAUCAGGAUAGAAACUAGGGUGUGUACAUUUUUACGUGGAUUACAAUAUAUUUAAAUCCAAUGAUAUUACUGACGUGAAAAAAAGCUGAUACAUUCUCUUUUUAAAAAUAAACAUUUCUACCAAUUAAGAAAAUCAAUGGCAUUGACAAAACGUAGGUACAUUUACAUAAGUAUACCCAUGAGUAUGAAAACCCAAUUAUUUUACACAUGUGAAUAUUUAAUCUUAAAAAUAGAGCCAUAUUUUUUUUAUUUACAGUUCAUAGGUUGAUACAAAUAUGGGUUAAGAUUUUCUUUCAAAAAAAUGAAAAUAAAUUUUUGCUUCUACUUGACUAUAAGCAGAUUUUUAAAAUCUGUUUAAAUCUACAAGUUUGAGUUGACCUUUUAGGGCUGUCAAUUUGGAUGAGAAUGUUAGUUAAAAACAAAUAGUCAACAAAAGUUGUUUACAUUUUGCAGUGUGUCUGAUGAGCCUCUUGUAGACAGACACCCAGAGAAACGAAUGCGAGCAGCGUACGCUGAAUAUGAAGAGACAAGAUUGCAGGUUUUAAAGCAAGAAAACCCCAAUAUGCGCCUCUCUCAGCUAAAGCAGAUGGUGAAAAAAGAAUGGAUGAAAGCUCCAGAGAAUCCUCUAAAUCAAAGACAUGCUUCUUACAAUUCUAAAACAUAAUACUUAAGCUUUCAAUUUGUACGGUCCCUUCCAUAAUGUGUCUAUCACAUACAUCGUAAGCAAAGCGAGAAUUCCCCUGCUGACCUAACAGUGACUACAAAUGUCCACUUCCAUUGAGUUUAAAUUCAUUUUAACAAUUGGCAUGACAGCCUACUGUUACUAGUGUUGCUUAAAAAUUUCUUUAAUUUAAACUUGUUAAUUUGUUACUUUUGCUUGUUUUUUUGUGAAGAUAACAAGUAAACAUGUGAAUUCCUGCAUUUCUUUUCCAAGGUGGUCUCAAUGGUUUUUAAAAUGUUACCAUAUUCAAUGAACACGCAUAACAUUUUGAUGUUGUGUAUUACAAUAACUUUUCAUCUUGGAAGCGGGAAAAAUGUUGGUUGCAUUUCCAUGAUACAUGUCAGAUUUUGCAAACUGUUUACAUUCGUAGCAGAUUUUACAUGGCUUUAAACUAUAAAUUGGAUUCAGAGUAGCUUUUUUUUUUUAAAAAACUGCAGGCAAAUAAGAUGUAACAUUGUCUGUUUACAAGCAUAGAUUAAAUGAUAAUAAACCAUUAAGAUCUUAAAUGAAAAUGUGCUUGUAAAUUAUUGAUAUAUUUUUAUCUUGAAAGAAUCUAAUUAAUUUUUUUCAUACUCUAGAUAAAUGUAUAAUUAUACAUUAUCCAGUCAGUACAAUAAGAGAAAUGAAAGGUCCAAUCACAAGAAAAAAGAUUGAAAGUAAUUCUCUCAAUUCAUAAGGUAAAGAAAUUGAAUGUCGGCAACAACUCAACUGUAAGAGGUCAAGUGCAUACUGAGCAUUUGUCAUGAUAGCACCCCAACAAACCAGGUUGGUGCUUCAGACAAUGCUUGAAAGUUACCACAAUGACCUUCUUGUGACUGUUACCUGUAAUCUCACUUGACCAAAUCAGUGUGUCUUUAUGUUUUAUUUUCCAAAGCAAUGAAUUUAAUUAAGUUUUUGUGAUUCCCCAGAAUUACCUUAUUUCUUUGAGUAACUUAUAUUGAAUUUGAUUAGUAUGCUCUAAAGUUUGUUAAAUGCUAUAUCAUAACAUAUCUAAUAUUUUUCAUUAAAAAAUUUUGUUUGGCCAAUCAUAAAUAUCACCCAAGAGUUACAAUAUUCUUUUAGAAUGAAAAAACUGGGAUAAGUAAGUAAUUCAUGCUAAAAGUUGUUUACUAUACAAAUGUCUCCAUUUUUUUGGUUGGAAUAACUUUCCUACUUGUACAUUUUAAAAGUUUGACAAAAUUUUCAGUCACACAUUAAAGUUAUUAAAAUAUUAUGAAAACAUAUUUGUUAUUAUAGUUUUAAAUUAUCCUUAGUUAAAUAAGCAGUUGAAAUGUAUUUUUAUUUUUAAUCCUUGCAGCAGUUUGCUUUCAGUUUUUAUUUCACCCUGUAGUGGCAGUUGUCAAUUUUUAAGCCAGUCUCCAAAGAGAGAGUGUCAGAAGUUUCAUAGGGCAGGGGUGGGCAAACUUUUUGUGCGGAGGGCUGCAUUGACAAAUGUAAAGCUAUUGGGG